AUGGCUGCUUACUAUUUAUCCAAAGACAAACAAGUGGAAUUAUCAAAAAUAGCUCAAAGCAUUGCUACACCUGGCAAAGGCAUUUUAGCUGCUGAUGAACCUGCAGGUAUUAUCGAAUCCCGUUUUGCUCCAAUGAAUAUUGAAAACAAUGAGGAAAAUCGUCGUUAUUAUCGUCAGCUAUUAUUUCGAACGAAAGAAUCUCGACAACAUAUAAGUGGAAUUAUAUUGUGUCAUGAAACAUUUUAUCAUAAAACUGAUGAUGAUGAUACAUCAUUUCCACGUUUAUUGACUGCAGCUGGUAUUAUACCGGGCAUAACAGUUGAUAGAGGAUUAAUUGUAUUAGGUGGUACUGAUAACGAAACAAUAACUCAAGGUUUAGAUGGCCUUGAAGAACGUUGUCGAGAAUAUAAAAAAAACGGUGCACAAUUUGCUAAAUGGCGUGCCGCAUUAAAAAUUGAUAAAAAUUGUCCAUCACAAUUAGCAAUUAAUGAAAAUGCUUCGAAACUUGCACGAUAUGCUUCAAUUUGUCAACAAUGUGGUCUUGUACCUAUUGUUGAACCAGAAGUUUCAUUAGAUGGUGAUCAUGAUCUUGAAGAAUGUCAACGUGUAACUGAAAAUGUUUUAGCAACAGUUUAUAAAGCACUAAGUGAUCAUCAUGUUUAUCUUGAAGGUACACUUCUUAAACCAAAUAUAGUUACGCCUGGUAAAGAUUGUACUAAAACAUAUUCAGUUGAACAAAUAGCAGAAGCAACAGUAACUGCAUUCCGUCGUACUGUACCAACUGCUGUUCCUGGAAUUAUGUUUCUUUCGGGUGGACAUAAUGAAGAAAAUUCAACAGCUUAUUUAAAUGCUAUUAAUCGAGUUAAUUUAUAUAAACCGUGGACACUUUCAUUUAGUUAUGGACGAGCAUUACAAACAUCUGUUUUACGUGCUUGGAAAGGUGAUAAAAAUAAUAGUGAACAAGCUCGAAAUGAAUUUAUUCGUUUAGCUAGACAAAAUGGUUUGGCUUCAUUAGGAAGAUAUGAACUAUCAAAUUAA